ACCCCUCUCUCACUUUCGUUCAAGCGAUGGCCACUUUCAGAAGUGUCCACAGCGAGCCAUACACUAGUAAAAACAGCAGCAGCAGCAGUCGCCUGACGGCAUUGAGAAAACGCCUGACCACGUGUUUCCAGCAGUGGUGCCAACAGCUACAGCAGCCACCUUCCUACCGCAAAAGUGGCCCCAACCACUUUUACAAGAUCUUUGUGCAAGCCGACUACAAGGUAUUUGGCGAAAAGGCCAAAUAUAUUCGGCAGUUUAAGAAGAUUUUCAAGGGGAACAAGGAUUUGGCUAGGAAAAGGGAACCAGAGAGGGUAGUGGUAGUGCCCGAGACAGAGACAGAGACAGUGCCCGCCCAAUCAGUGGAUGUGACAGAGGUGAUAGAGAGGAAACAGCUGGAGCUUGUGGCCAGACUCUUUUCAUCCACACUGAUAUCCACGCAGGAGGAGAUAUCCUGUAGCUACAAAAGCAGCAGCAGCAGCAUGACCAUCAUAGAGAGCAAUUACAUUGGAGUGCGGGAGGAGUACCCGGAAAUAGACAGCGAGAUACGGUCCAUUUUGUUGGCCAAUGCUCAAAGUGGCAUCACGAUAUCGAGCAUCAAAAAUGAGUAUCGGAAAUUGACGGGCAAUCCGUUUCCACUGCACGAAAAUGUCACCGACUUUCUGCUCACCAUCCCCCACGUGACCGCCGAGUGCAGCGUGACCGGGAAGCGAAUUUUUAAUAUGAAGCCACGCCCGGAGACGCGCCACCUGUACGAGAUGGUCGUUAAUCAGAAGCGUAGCAACGACCUGGUGUCCCAAGAUCAUCCGGAGGCAGCACGACCACCACGCUUCUGGCGCUAUCAGUACAAGCGUCGGGCCCUGUCCUCACUGGACACCAACAAGAGUCACAACCGAAAUAUCAAUCACAUCGAGGAGAAGCUAUCGACUGUGGACAGCAAAGAAUGUACACUCCAAGCCCAGGUGGGUCCACUGCAGCAGCUGGCCAGGGCUGCGGCGGAGUCCAACUGGUGCUAUCAGGACAAUUGGAAUCAUCUCAACAACUGCUAUCGGCGUACCAACAUCUUUACCGCCCCUCCAGAGAAGCCACCGCCGUUGCCGGCUCAAGAAAAUCAACAUCCUCACAUCAGCCAGAACAAGCAAGAAAACCCAAAGAACCACCAAGAAAACCUAAAGAACCAACUGAAUUUGUUAGUGUCCGAACAACAUCAGCAGCAGGAGAGUCGCACCUCAAAUAAGCGACGAAAUGAUUUCUCGCCGACACCCACACCCACUACCAUAUCGAGUGGGACGCAGCAUGACUCCAUGUUCACCAUCAACUCCGAUUACGAUGCCUACUUGCUGGACUUUCCCCUAUUGGGGGAUGAUUUCCUCUUGUAUAUGGCCCGCAUGGAGCUGAGGUGUCGCUUCAAGCGGAGUGUGAGGGUCCUGCAGUCAGGUCUGUGCGUAUCUGGGCAGACAAUAAGUGCCGCCCGGUCACGAUUGCAUCGUGUUCAAAUGUUCAAGGACACGCAUGUAAUUGUCAACAUUGGAUCCGUGGACAUAAUGCGAGGCAAACCGAUUGUGCAAAUCCAGCAUGACUUUCGUCAGUUGAUCAAAGACAUGCACAAGCGGGGACUCACCCCGAUCCUAACCACUUUGGCCCCGCUCGCCAAUUAUUGUCACGACAAAGUUGUGUGCGACAAGGUGGCAAAGUUCAACCUUUUCAUUUGGAAGGAGUGCGCAAGUUACCUGAAGGUGAUCGAUAUACACUCGUGCCUAGUCAACGAAAAGGGCGUCGUGCGGUUCGAUUGUUUCCAGUACUUAUCCCGCAAUGUAACGGGCUCCAGGGAAUCCUAUGUGUUCUGGAACAAAAUUGGCCGGCAACGUGUUUUGCAAAUGAUUGAAGCGAGUCUGGAGUAUUGAUCGUAUCUGAUGAACGGAGGCUGGUCUGGCACUGGUCUCCCUCAGGAGGAGAAGCAGAAUGAAGAUGUUUUAUAUCCACGCUGACGGCGCAGACGCUGUGUUUUUGAACGAAAGUUGCUUACUAUUUUUAAUGUGUUUUAUGUUUUCAUGUUCAUGUGUAUAUUUAUGUUUAUUUGUAUUUGUCCCUUGUAUUUGUCUGUUCGUGUUAGUCCCUAGUCUAAAUAAUUGUUUAUAAUUUGUGCGUUUUUCGUGUUUUUUGUUUUGUUAGAUUUUAGCCUUUUCCCAAGUUUUUUGUUGCCGCUUAUUGAGUUUGUCUUGAUAUUUUCAACUAGUUUUUGCUACUAUCCUAAAAACUAGAGAAAAGUUCAUUACUAAAACAAUUUGAGGCAACGAAAACUUGUCUACAAAAUGUUCAUAUAAUUUCCAAAACAUUUCCCAUUGCAAUCCAUGUGAAAGGAUUGCAAAGCGAAAUGAUAUUCAAAUGCAAAUCAUUGCGUUGUUAUAAACUGUUUUCUGUUACUGUUUCUGUAUCUAUUGUUGGCCAAAAUGUUGCAUUCUCCUGUAUGCGAACUUUCGCUGACUCUCUCUCCCCUCGCUCUCUAUCCAUGUGUGGGAGUGGGUUGGCCUUGUGGUAAAUACAUUUGAGUCAUGCGACAUUUUGGGCUUUGAAUGAAAAUGCAUUUGCUUUACUUGAAUCCUUUGCUUGCACAAAAUCAACGCCGCGGCUGAUUUAUUAUGUAUGUGUUUAAGCAUGUUCUAGUAAAGUACUUGCGCAAUUUUCGUGCUUUCGUUUCCGUUUCGUAUACAAAAGUUUAUAAAAAGUUUACACUCUGCUGCAGACACGCGCUCAGAAGUGCGCGCGCUAAAGUGUGUUUGUGGGACAGUGUAGCAUAGAAACUUCUCUUUAAUUAUCUAAAAUGAAUUCUUUACUAUUUACUAUUUAUAAACUAAUUCUCCCUCGUCUUGAAUGUAUUGUAUGUUAAUCGUAUGUAUUGAAAGUGAUCACGUUUUUUUUUUUGUAUGUCCUCAUAUAACAAGUCGCAAUGUAAAAUC